UUUUUUUUUUCUUUUUUUUUCUUUUCCCACUUCUUUUUGUCAUUACCAUGGCAGCAUCCGGUUCUACUAAUAAUAAUAAUAAUAAAUCUUUAAAACAUGGCAUUCACAUAUUAUUCUCUGCCCUCAUCACAUUAUUACUAAGUUUCUCUAUACUUCGUUAUAUAACAGAGCCUCAAGACAAUGAUCGAUGCCAUGGGAUGUUAAACGAAGGUCGAUGGAUGACAGAAGAAUACAAAGACUGGCAACCUUCUGGUUGUAUGGCCAAGAAAUACGGUAGCAAAGACAUCAGUCAAUGUAUCGGUCACUCCAAAGUAAUUUAUAUCGGUGAUUCCAUCAUGAGAGAACAAUACUAUUCCAUGGCCGAGUUCUUAAACCUCAAGCGACCCAAAGCCGACCAGAUUCAUAACGAUCAGCAUGCGUAUUCAAAAGAACAUGACAUUGACUUUCAAAUGUGGUGGGAUCCUUACCUUAACACUUCCAAGACCAUUGAUUUACUCGAAGGCAAGUCCGAGAUCAAACCUACCAUUCUGAUUAUGGGAUCAGGUGUCUGGUACAUGCGUCGUACGGGUUCUGACUAUUUACGUGGGUGGAAAGAAGCGGUUGACCGAGUCUUUGAUGGUGUUCUCCAGCAUUCAAUUGCCGACAAAAUACUAUUAUCACCUGUAGAGAUUGUUGAACGAGACCUAUUGAUCCCUGAAAGAGUAGCCACCUUGACUCCAGAUAAGAUCUCAAUCAUGAAUAACUAUCUUCGUGAAAGAGAGAGCUUGCUUCGUCAUCCUAUCACACCGCUUGUCGUACCAUUUGUUUGGAAUGAAAUCGUGACCUCUUCCAAGAACCAAACAAAAGACGGACUUCAUUUCAAGGAACCAGUGACAAAGGCCCAGGCACAACUGGCCUUGAACUAUCGUUGUAAUAAUCAACUCGAUAAAUCCACUUUCCCCAUUGACACCACUUGUUGUUAUACAUACACUUCACCUGCAUGGUAUCAAAAUGUCAUCUUCUUGUUCUUUUUAGCCUUUGUUCCCAUCGGUUUCUUUGUCUUGCACACAACAGGCCGGUUCAACCAAUAUGCUAGCUAUGUGUUCCCUCGUCACCAUGAAACUCUUUUAGGCUUAUUUAUAUUCGGCUUAUCCAUCAUCUACAUGUAUUUAGGAGACCGCAGUCAAUUAUUUGGAAAGAUCUACAAACAAUUCGAUGUUUCCACCUUCUCUAUUCUAAUGAUGUUCAUGGUCCUACUGGGAUUGGUUACACUAAAGACAAAUGGUGGGGAAAACAAGGACGCUGGAUUCUUAAAUCGAGACCAGACCGAUGAAUGGAAGGGUUGGAUGCAACUGGUGAUUCUCAUUUACCAUUUUGUGGGUGCUUCUCGUAUUCCCGGUAUUUACAAUCCUGUGCGUGUCCUGGUCGCUGCUUACCUCUUCCAAACUGGCUAUGGUCACUUCUUCUUCUUUUACAAGAAGGCUGAUUUUGGUAUCGCUCGUAUUUUGAAUGUGAUGGUACGCUUGAACUUGCUCACAUGUGUUUUGGCUUAUUCGAUGAAGACGGAUUACUUGUUUUAUUAUUUCUCGCCUCUUGUCAGUUUCUGGUUUGGUGUGAUUUGGAUCACCAUGCGAGUCAUGUCCAGUCACAAUAAGUCGGUACAGUUUAUGUUGGGAAAGAUCGUUGUGAUGUCACUCUUGACAGGCUUCAUCAUCCAUAUGCCCGGUUUACUUGAAGGCGUAUUUGAUGUGCUUUCAUUCUUGUUCAAGAUUCAAUGGGAUGUUGUAGAAUGGCGAUUCCGACUUUCAUUGGACGCAUGGAUUGUCUAUAUUGGUAUGUUGUGUGCGUACGGUACUAUCCAAAUAAGUGAAUACAAGAUCUCCCAAAACCAUCCCCGUGCCUGGAAAGUCAGCAAGAUGGCCGUUCUUAUUCUUUCGGUCGUGAGUAUGAUUGGCUUCUUUUUAUUUGAGCUCAGUCAGACGAAGGCUUCCUACAAUGCCUACCACCCUUACAUGUCAUGGGUUCCUAUUCUUUCCUUUGUUGUGAUCCGUAACUUUUCCCGAUUUGGACGUAACUCGUACUCUCGUUUCUUUGCGUUUAUCGGAAAGAUCUCCUUGGAGACAUUUAUUGGCCAAUUUCACAUGUGGCUUGCUGCAGACACGAAGGGACUUUUAGUGGUGCUCCCGAAUGCCAGUUGGGUGAUCAAGAGUACGGUCGGUUGGUGGACGAAUUUAGCCGUCUCCAGUUUAGUCUUCUUUUUUGUUUGUUACCAUCUGAGUCAAGCAACGGGUGUCCUUACACGCUGGAUUUGUUCUGGUGUACAGAAUACGGCUUCUAGUACUAUCACUGGUACCUCAUCCAGAAAGAAUCAAAACAUAACAACAAACAUUGUUAAUGCAGACUCUGUACCCUUGUUACCUACCAAUGGCAGUAAAGAUGAAGAAGAAGAAGAAGAUGCUCGCAGUAGUAGUAGCUCAUCUACUUUGACCUUGAACACUAAUGACAGUCCCCAUAGUAACAACAAUAAACCUGCCAAACUCAAAGUCGAAAGAGCCAGUGAAGAAUCUGUCUUGACCAUGGAUAACGCUUGGGAUGAAAUAGUUCAACAAAAACCUUCAUGGUAUCGAACCAUGAUGAAUUCUACUUUACAAAAUUAUUGGAUUCGAUCUGCCACGUAUUUAAUCUUGGUGGGAAUUAUAAAUCGAUUCUGUGUAUAACUCCUUUCCUUUCUACUUCCCCCUUUUACCUCUGUUCAUAUUAUACCCUCCUAAUUAUUUUAGACACACACACACACACACACACAAAAGUUGUCCAACAUUAAAAAAAAAAAAA